AUGUUUGAGGCGCCUGCGGUGGUUGCCGAACAGGUAGUUCCUGAUAAUGCUAACAAUGCGUUGCGUAUACCUGAGGGAGGGUUUGCUUUACUAAGCCAUAUUAUGCAAAAUACACUUACUAAUGGAGUGACGAGUUUAGCAUUUGAUCCUUUCGAAGAACUUCUUUGGUCUGGAAAUAGUUCGGGUCGAGUCGUGUCUUACUAUAGCCCGCAAUUGGAAAGGUAUACCUCAUUCGUAUCUACCUCUUCUGUGGUUCGAGAUAUUUUAUCAACUGAAGCUAUAGUUCUUUCGUUAACGCAGGAAAGAUUGAGGGGGUUUCGAAGACAGGGUUUACCUUUAUUCACUCAUAAAUCGGAAAAUAUGGUCGACAUGACCUGCAUACAUCGUCUGUCAAAUGCACCGCAUACAGUUCUGUUGGGAGGAAAUCAACAAAAAAUUAUACAACUUGAUUUGGAAAUGCAAAAAGAAACUCGAAUUGUUCAUCUGAAACAAAAGGACUGUCUUGAAUUUAGAUCGAAUCAGAAAUUUCUCUUCAGUUCCGAUUCGGAUGGCAAUAUUACUUUACGUAACUUGUCAACCAUAGAUGCUAUUCACGCUAUUCAAGCUCAUCAAGGAGCUGUAUCAGACUUUGACAUUUGUGGUAAUCGGUUGAUCACCUGUGGAUACUCACCGAGGAUGGGCAAUUUAUUGGCUGAUAGGUUUUUGAUGGUUUACGAUUUACGGACACUUCGUGCAUUACCUUUGGUACCUUUAUCGAUACCACCGACUUUUUGUCGCUUUUUACCAUCGUAUUCAGAUAGCCGAAUAAUGGUUGCAUCUCAGGCAGGUCAGCUUUUGAUAAUGGACUUGAACAAACCAGCUGGGAUCCCCAUACAACUGGAUACAAAUGGUUUGGCAGUAUUUAGUGUCAGCGUUUCGAGCUCGAGACAGUGCAUUGCGUUUGGCGACCAAGCCGGGUUUAUCCAUCUGUUUUCUGAUCGUAUGCAGCCUGUUUUCAACGAAAGUUCUUGGGAAACUGAAUUUCCUGAGCAGUCUAUUUACGGUCCCAGUAUGGAAAUUGAUGAUACUCAAACACCGUAUGCUGCAUUUUUACUACCAUUUACUGUAGAUGACACAUAUCUUUCAGACUGGCCUGAAGAAUUAUGUCAGAAAGCUUUCAGGAAACCAGAUCCCAUUCCAAAACAGAUAUUAGAUUCAAUUAGAAUGGUUCAAUUUGUUGGUUAUGCCCCGAAUCCUAGAGCUGGGACACCACUUUGUAAAUUCAAUGUAAAACCUUACUCGGAUGAAGUUUCUUCUACAGUUAACGACAAUCAUAACGGUAAACCAGUUCACGAGAACUCACCGCCACCUAUACCUAAGUUUUAUCGGCGGGUUCACGUUCAGCCGUCGAAAUAUAAUAACGAAGAAUUUGAUUACGUGAGAUAUAAUCAUACGGAAUAUAUACCAGUGGAAUGUUAUCCGUCUUUGCCUCAGGCUAAUGCUGUUCUUUUGGCUUUAUUUCAUAUUACUUCUGUUCAAAAUUAUUUCUUAAAACACAUGUGUGCUACGGAUUACUGCUUGUCAUGUGAAAUUGGAUUUCUUUAUCGUAUGUUAAUUGACAGGUCACCUACACAACCAGCUUCGGUAACAAAUUUUGUAAGGUCGUUAAGAUCCAUGAGUGAAUAUGGUCAUCUAUUUGCUGCAAAUUCUGCAAACAAAUUUAUGCAGAAAACACGUGCUUUCAUUGGGGCUUUGUUUCAAAGGCUUUAUGAAGUACCUUUUGAUUAUUUUGACAAAUUAAUAAAACAAGAAAUAAACGACGUGGAUACGGAUUUCCUGAAGAACCACGAUGUGGAAUUUAGCAUGAAUAAUCGUUGCAUAAGAUGUUCUGAACAGUUCCAAACACAGUGUUCGCAGCUAUGUAUACCUCUGGCCUAUCCGACUAAUGGUGGGGACAAAAUCAGGUUUUAUCAGUUAAUGGAAAAGUCUUUGAAUUGCCCCGGUCAGUCAGAAGCUAUUUGCCAAAAAUGCGAAAAACGUGCUAGAAUAACUUCUACUCGUAGAGUCAGCAAGUUGUCCCAAUUGUUGUUAAUAGACACCAGUGUUGUGACCGACAGCGAGAAGAAUUUUUGGAAUGUGCAGUUACAGGCCUUUGAAAGGAAGCCAGCUUCAAAGCUCAAUUCAUCAUCUUCAACCUCCGCUCUUGAAAGAGUUGCGAAGGUUUGCAGAUACGGUGAAGAAUGUAAAAAACCCUUUUGCAAAUACUCGCAUAAUGGUGAUGGAAAAGGAGAGGCUUCUGAUUAUGAAGAUGUAACUAAUGUACCUGGUGCAGAGGACAAUACCUGGAUGCAUUAUUUGCCCGAAGAAGUUCAUAUAAAAGUUUCUGAUGGGAUUUGUUCUGUUUCGGAGAGCAUGUCUGAAGGGAGUGUGUCGUAUUCGUUGCGUACGGCAGUCUUUGCAAUUGGUGAAGGUGGUGUCGAUGCAGAGCCUACUCAUUUGGUUACUGCAAUCAGGCCUCGGACAGAGACAUGUGCUGCGUUACACCUUUCACCAAAUACAUCCGGGCAAAAAAUUUUUGAGGAUCGUGGUUGGAUUGUAUUUAAUGAUUUUGUUGUGACCAAAGUGACAGAAAAUGAAGCACUACAUAUUGAUGCUAAUUGGAAAUUGCCAUGUUUGCUCUGUUAUGUACAGACAGAAAUGGAUCGAAACACAGUCCCACAGGCUCGUGUGCAAAUUUCCCCACAUCAGUGGGACAAUAACAGCUUGAAAGACCAGAUUUUGAAUGGCAUGGAUGUAGAGAGAUUGCCUAAAAAGGGAGAUAUCGUUGCUAUUGAUGCUGAGUUUGUAACUAUAAAUCAGGAAACCUUGCGUACUGUAGCGAGGGUCAGUUGUGUACGAGACGAUAGCAGUUGUCUUCUAGACGCAUAUAUUCAACCUUGUUGCACUGACAAAGUAAUAGACUACCUUACUGCGUGGAGCGGAAUUGAAGCAGCUGAUCUUGAUCCAAAUGUUUCAACACGAAAUCUGACAACAUUGAAGGAUGUUUACUUAAAACUCUUAUAUCUUGUCCAAGAAGGAGUAAUUUUUGUUGGACAUGGACUGAGCAACGAUUUUAAAGCGCUGAACAUUUAUGUACCUCCUGACCAAGUACGCGACACGGUGCAUUUAUUCCAUUUGGCUACACAGCGUAUGAUCUCGUUACAGUUUCUAGCUUGGCAUAUUUUUGGUGAGUCAAUCCAGCAAACAUCUCAUGAUUCUGUUGAAGAUGCUCGGAUGGCUUUACGACUGUACAAAAAGUUUGAGGAACUGAAAGCUGAUGGGAGCUUAGAUUCGGUUAUUGCAGAGCUUUAUGAAACUGGUAAACGACUAAAUUGGAAGAUAGGUGGAAUUUCAGGUGUGACGAGUAAUACUGAAGAAACUCCAGCGCAGGCGGCGCUGUGA